AUGGCAGCAACCGACUGCCCACCCCGCAAUGAUGAAGAAAGGGAACAGGCGACGGAAACUGCUGAAGAGGUGCCGGAAAAGGAGUUUCAUCCAUUGCGGUUGUACAUGGCAAGCCCGGAAAUCAAAACAAUGAAAACAACAAGAAUAGCCGAAACACUCAAGCCAUCAGAGACCAAACCCCCUAAUGCAAAGAAGAGAAAACUGAAUCCAGAAUUGGUUCUGAAAAAUGAUGAUGAAAAAUCAAGGUUGCUCUGGUGUCAUCCCGAAGUUGCAAAGGGCUUCAAUGGUUGCUUGGUUGACAGAAUUAUUGAAUCAGAAAUUCGAUUGGGUUACAGAAAUAAAUGUGAAUUCACAAUUGGAUUUCAAAAUGAUGAAUUAAAAGACCCUGAAGAAAUUGUGGUGGGGUGCAAAGAGGAGUUUCCUGUUUAUUCGCGAUCGAAACAAAAAGGCGUGUGGAGAAUUUUGAUGGUUCGUAGUUCUGAACGUGAUAAUGGAUUAAUGCUUGUGACGCAAAUUAAAUCUCUGAGUGCUUCUGGAUUGAUAAGAGAAGGAAGUUCUAGAACUGAAGAUGAUCUUCGAGCGUCUUUGAUCGCUCUUCUGAUCGAUGGUCUUGUUUACUCCGAUGGAUCCUCCCGUACAUCUCUUCGUCUCUACGAUGGAAUGUUUAUCAAAUCUCUUUAUAUUCAAGAGACGAAUACAAAGGCGUGCGCUGCGCUCUAUCAACGAGCAUUUGAGAUGCUUGAUGUUUCGAAAUCUGGUCUAGUCCUCGAUAUUUGUAGCGGAGCGGGCACGAUUGCAUUGGCUCUUCAUCAUCAAUUGAGUCAAAGGAUGAGCGACUCGCGAACACCACGAAUUGUUGGGAUUGAACUCGUUCCUGAGGCUGUCGAAUCGGCAAAAAUGAACGCUGAAAUCAAUGCAAUUGAUGAGAAAUCUGUUGAAUUUUUAUGUGGAAAAGCUGAAGUCGUUUUGCCAGAGUUAUUAGCGAACAUUGAGAAUGAGGUUGAAGUGUGUGCGAUAGUCGACCCUCCACGGGCUGGAUUGCAUCCAACAGUUUGCAGGAGUCUUGUAGAGUGUCAAAAAAUCAAUCAUUUGGUUUACAUUUCCUGUAAUCCAGAUUCACUUGUGGAAGAUGUCCUCAGGUUAUGUACUCCAACUCUGUUAGCUGAUACACCAUUCAAACCCAUCAAAGCAGUUGGAGUGGAUAUGUUCCCUCAUACAUACCACUGCGAGAUGAUUUUGCAACUUAGCCGAACUACUGAGAACGACUUCGGAUUCGUUCAAAAUAGAGCAGAUAUUCCUGGUUGUUGA